CUGUCGCCAGCUGAAGCUGUUCUCAUUGAACAUGUUUUUUCAAGUGGAUUUCUCUUUCCAUUAAUAUACAUCUUAAAAUUUGCACUCAUACAAGCACACUUAAGUUAUUCAUAAUUUCGUGAAUACCACGGAUAUUUCGGAGAUGAAGCUAUGUUUGGUGGCUUGCUUGGUCGUGCAGUUGUUGCAUGUCCAUGGCCUAAAUGCGUUUAACCUGGGUUCUUCGUCCUCCUCCUCAUCGCGUUCUUCACCGGGAGGCCGUAUCAGCUUUAGUCUCUCGGACUUAAUAAGUGUAAGCAGCAGCAGGAGCAGUAGUAGCAGCAGUUGCAGCAGCAGCAGCAGCAGCAGCAGCAGCAGCAGCAGUAUCGAGGACGAUAUAAGUGGUAGCGGCGAGACGGGCAUAGAUGACAGUGGUGACGGUGGCGAUAAUGGCGGUGACGGUGGCAAUGGAGGACAGGAUCAUGGACCUGCCCAUGUUGGUGGCGAUUGCUCCGGCUGCGGAAGCUGCUACGAUCCGCAUGCUAUCUGUGUGGAGUUUGGCUGUUUCAACAUCUGUGUGUGUGAGCCGGGUUACACGUUCAUCAAAAACGGAGCCUUUCAAUGCGGACAAUGUCUUCCUGAUCCAAUAGAGUGUUCAUGUGACGAUGGAGAUAGCUGCCCAUGUGGCGAUUGCGAGGAGUGCGUAGAUGGUACAUGCAUUUCUGGGUGUACCGGAUGUGAGGUUUGCGUUGGUGGAAACGAAUGUGUGGAACUUGGUCACGGAGACGACUGCACGUUGCACCCUGACGGUUGUUGCCGUGAUGAUCUCACGUGCAGAAAUGGCAUAUGCGAAUGUGAGGAUGAGAAUCUCCUAAACGACGAGGACACAGAUAUGUGCGUGCUACCUUGUCACGGAGAACCCUGCAUUGACGAGUGUUGCAGUGACGAUCUCACGUGCAGAAAUGGUAUAUGCGAGUGUGAGGAUGAGAAUCUCCAAUACGACGAGGACAAACACAUGUGCUUGGGCGAUGACCUCGGUGAGCCAUGCGAUUAUGAUGAUGAACCUGACCCAUGCACAGAUAAAAAUAACCGGACCGAGUGUUUCAGUGAUGAGGAUGGCAAUCCGGUGUGUAUCUGCUCCUACCCCUACAUUGAAAAAGAUGGGGACUGUGUACCUCCACUUCAACUCGGUGAUGUAUGUGGGCCAAAGGGAGAUUCGAACGAUUGUCUGAGGGACGUUGGGAUCAAAUGUAGGAGUGCUGAUUGUUGUGGAAAUGCAAAUGAUAAUCCUGAUUAUCCAUGCAAUGUUAAGUACUGUGUGUGCGAUACGGAAUGGGGAUUCAUGCUGAACGCGACCGAAAACGGAUGUGUACAUUCUGGAGAUCCAGUGGUACCGAAAGAGGACUGCGUGGACAUGGUUUACGAGUGAAACUGAAGGAGCAGCAAAGACACACUUAAAUGACAUUUGCAAUGUUGUUUAACAUCUUUACCCAAUUAUGUUUUCUUUUAUUUCAAAAAGGUCGUAAUUUGAGUUGAUAUCUAAUAAAAUGAUUGUUUCCUUUG